CGUUCAUCGGACCUUGUCACCAACCAUUGCUACUCCAUGGCCUCCCGUCUACCCCGAUACCGAAGCAGCUCUCCCGAAAGAACUCUCAUGGCGCCUGCUCUCAAGCGAAAAGCCCAGGAUCAGAAUGAUCCCCCAGUCAGAAAAAUACUCAAACCCCUCUCAAAAUCAGGCGUCCUCAGCGCCCCCAAACCUCUCACAAAACCUCGUCCACCUGCUCUAACGACGGGAACGCGUGCCACCCAGAUCUCCGACUUGACAAAACAACUGGGUGAGGCAAAGUCACAGGCUCGGGACCACCUCCAUGCCCUCAACCUCGCCAACGAUGAAAUCGCCACGCUCAAACGGACUCAUUCAAUGCAGGUGUCGGAGCUCGAAUAUGACAUACGGAAGGGACAACUCCAAGUCGAGGAACUGGACCAGGAUUUGCAAUUGGCCAGGACAGAGGUGCAAAAGCUGCGGGAGAGCGUGAGCCAACUCACAUCGACAGGACAGGAUAUGCAGAAACAGUUGAACAAUAAAGCAGAGGUUAUCGCAGCUCUCAGGACAGAUGUGGAAGCUCUGAAAUCCGAGGCCAUCGAUGCCGAGUCAGUACGUCGACAGCUGCACAACACCAUCCAAGAAUUGAAAGGAAACAUCCGAGUCUUCUGUCGAGUACGUCCCGAUCCAUCCCCAGAGUUGGCGAAUGUCAGCUACAGCAAAGAGAAAAGAGAUAUCACCGUCACGUCGACGAGUGAGAGCGCCACUGGCCAGCAGCGCAAGGACGUGCAUAGCUUUACCUUCGACAGGGUGUUCGAACCGAACGCAACCCAGGCAGAGGUUUUUGAAGAGGUUUCGCAGUUGGCACAGAGCUGCACAGAUGGAUACAAUGUCUGUAUAUUUGCUUAUGGUCAGACAGGUUCUGGCAAGUCCUUCACAAUGGAAGGCGGACAGACUGAGGAAAUGGCUGGUAUGAUUCCAAGGGCUGUUGAUCAGGUUUUCCGCGUCACCAAUGAUCUCAAGUCUCGCGGUUGGGAAUAUACAUUGGAAGGGCAAUUCCUUGAAAUUUAUAAUGAAACUAUCAACGACCUACUAGCAUCAUCGGCUUCUGUCAAUGCCAUCUCUUUGUCCUCUUCCUCUACCCAAUAUAACAUUAAACACGAUCCUCAAACCCGUACAACUACUGUGACGAAUUUGACCAGCAUGCCUCUCACCUCUCCUACUCGUGUCCGUACUCUACUUCUUCAAGCCCAGUCCCGGAGGAGUGUCGCAAGCACGCUCAUGAACGAGUAUUCUUCCCGCUCCCAUUCCGUGUUCCGCGUAAAGAUUGAAGGUGCCAAUGAAACCAGUGGAGAGCGAUGCGUAGGGUGGCUGAACCUGGUCGACCUGGCAGGUAGUGAGCGAUUAAAUGUGAGCUUUGCGGGCAGCGUGGGACCUGGGGCAGAGCGGUUGAAGGAGACGCAGAAUAUCAACAAGAGUUUAAGUUCUCUGGGUGAUGUUAUUUCCGCUCUGGGUGAGAAGGGCGCAAAUGGGGAGAAACAUGUGCCAUACAGAAAUUCAAAGUUGACGUACCUUUUGCAAUAUUCUUUGAGUGGAAGCUCCAAGACCUUGAUGAUCCUCAAUCUCUCGCCUCUGGCAGCCCAUCUCAAUGAGUCACUUAAUUCUCUACGAUUCGCUACCAAGGUUAACAACACUACUAUUGGCACUGCGAAAAGCUCGAAACAGGGUCGGUGAGAAUAAGCGGAGCUUGGCAUGUCGUUGUGUCGGUAUUUAUUUUGACGGACUGUUAGGAGCGACCUGACUAUUCUACCUCCUGUAUAAGUUAUGUGCCAAUCAACCAGUCUGUACGCUAUUUCUGGGGCCCGUAGAUAGCGAGGUCAUAGCCAUAGACUCGAGGAAGAACAAACCAUGCUGGUGGUG